CCGGGAGCAGCGGGCGGGCUGGCGGGCGUCCGGGCGCGGAGCCGGCCGGGGACCGGCGGCGCGCGGCGGCCGAGGUCCAGUGGCAGGAGGCGCGCGCCCGCUGGUGAGGCAUGCUGAGUUCCGGAGGCCGGCAAGAUGAGUGCGCAAGAAGCGGGCAGCUCCGGCCGUCGGCAGCAGGCCACCUACCAGCUGCACAUCUACCCGCAGCUGUCCAGCACUGGGAGCCAGGCCUCAUGCCGCGUGACCGCCACCAAGGACAGCACCACGACCGACAUCAUCCAGGACGUGGUGGCCAGCCUGGGCCUAGACGGCUCAAAGCGCUACGUGCUGGUGGAAGUGAAGGAAUCGGGCGGGGAGGAGUGGGUGUUGGAUUCCAGCGACUCGCCCGUGCACCGCGUGCUGCUGUGGCCACGACGCGCCCAGGACGAGCACCCGCAGGAGGAUGGCUACUACUUCGUACUGCAGGAGCGCAAUGCCGACGGCAGCAUUCAGUAUCUGCACAUGCAGCUGCUGGCCCAGCCCACAGCGGCCCGGCGCCUCGUGGAGCGUGGGCUGUUGCCAAGGCCUCAAGCCGACUUUGACGACCUGUGCAACCUGCCGCAGCUGACUGAAGCCAACCUGCUGCAGAACCUGAAGCUGCGCUUCCUGCAGCACAAGAUCUACACGUACGCAGGCAGCAUCCUGGUGGCCAUCAACCCCUUCAAGUUCCUGCCCAUUUACAACCCCAAGUACGUGAAGAUGUACGAGAACCAGCAGCUGGGCAAGCUGGAGCCGCAUGUGUUCGCGCUGGCUGACGUGGCCUACUACACCAUGCUGCGCAAGCGGGUGAACCAGUGCAUCGUCAUCUCGGGCGAGAGCGGCUCUGGCAAGACCCAGAGCACCAACUUCCUCAUCCACUGCCUCACGGCGCUCAGCCAGAAGGGCUAUGCCAGUGGCGUCGAGAGGACCAUCCUGGGUGCAGGGCCCGUGCUGGAGGCCUUCGGAAACGCCAAGACUGCCCACAACAACAACUCCAGCCGCUUCGGGAAGUUCAUCCAAGUCAACUACCUGGAAAGCGGCAUCGUGAGGGGAGCUGUUGUGGAAAAGUACCUGCUUGAGAAGUCACGCCUGGUUUCCCGGGAGAAGGACGAGCGGAACUACCACGUGUUUUAUUACCUGCUGCUGGGUGUCAGUGAGGAGGAGCGCCAGGAGUUCCAGCUGAAGCAGCCUCAAGACUAUUUCUACCUCAACCAGCAUAACUUGAAUAUUGAAGAUGGAGAAGACCUCAAACAUGACUUUGAAAGGCUUCAGCAGGCCAUGGAGAUGGUGGGCUUCCUGCCCGCCACCAAGAAGCAGAUCUUCUCCGUCCUCUCAGCCAUCCUGUACCUGGGCAACGUCACCUACAAGAAGAGAGCUACAGGCCGGGAUGAAGGCCUGGAGGUCGGGCCCCCCGAGGUGCUGGACACCCUGUCCGUGCUCCUGAAGGUGAAGCGGGAGACCUUGGUGGAGGUCCUGACCAAGAGAAAAACGGUGACGGCCAACGACAAGCUCAUUCUGCCUUACAGCCUCAGUGAGGCCAUAACUGCCCGAGACUCCAUGGCCAAGUCUCUGUACAGCGCCCUGUUUGACUGGAUUGUGCUGAGGAUCAACCACGCCCUCCUCAACAAGAAAGACAUGGAAGAGGCUGUUUCUUGCUUGUCCAUUGGCGUCCUGGACAUCUUCGGGUUUGAGGACUUUGAACGGAACAGCUUCGAGCAGUUCUGCAUCAACUACGCCAACGAGCAGCUGCAGUACUACUUCACCCAGCACAUCUUCAAACUGGAGCAGGAGGAGUACCAGGGUGAGGGCAUCGCGUGGCACAACAUUGACUACACGGACAAUGUGGGCUGUAUCCACCUCAUCAGCAAGAAGCCCACUGGCCUCUUCUACCUGCUGGACGAGGAGAGCAACUUCCCGCAUGCCACAAGCCACACCCUGCUGGCCAAGUUCAAGCAGCAGCACGAGGGCAACAAGUACUUCCUGGGCACUCCUGUCCUGGAGCCUGCCUUCGUCAUCCAGCACUUUGCGGGCAGAGUCAAGUACCAGAUCAAGGAUUUCCGAGAGAAGAACAUGGACUACAUGCGGCCUGACAUCGUGGCCCUGCUGAGGGGCAGUGACAGCUCCUACGUGCGCCAGCUCAUCGGCAUGGACCCUGUUGCUGUGUUCCGCUGGGCUGUGCUACGUGCUGCCAUCAGGGCCAUGGCUGUGCUGCGGGAGGCUGGACGCCUGCGGGCAGAGAGAGCUGAAAAGGCGGCAGGUAUAAGUAGCCCUGGCACUCAAAGUCACAUGGAAGAGCUACCACGAGGAGCCAACACCCCUUCAGAAAAACUGUACCGCGAUUUGCAUAACCAAAUCAUCAAGAGCCUCAAAGGACUGCCAUGGCAGGGCGAGGACCCGCGGAGGCUUCUCCAGUCCCUCAGUCGGCUCCAGAAGCCCCGCACCUUCUUCCUGAAGAGUAAAGGUAUCAAACAAAAGCAGAUCAUUCCCAAGAACCUGCUGGACUCCAAGUCACUGAGGCUCAUAAUCAGUAUGACUCUGCACGACCGAACCACCAAGUCGCUGCUGCAUCUGCACAAGAAGAAGAAGCCGCCCAGCAUCAGUGCGCAGUUCCAGGCAUCUCUUAACAAGCUGUUGGAGGCCCUGGGCAAGGCUGAGCCCUUCUUCAUCCGCUGCAUCCGCUCCAAUGCCGAGAAGAAGGAGCUUUGCUUCGAUGAUGAGCUGGUGCUGCAGCAGUUGCGCUACACAGGCAUGCUCGAGACCGUGCGCAUUCGGCGCUCAGGCUACAGCGCCAAGUACACCUUCCAGGAUUUCACGGAGCAGUUCCAGGUGCUGCUGCCCAAGGAUGUCCAGCCCUGCAGGGAGGCCAUUGCUGCCCUGCUGGAGAAGCUGCAGGUGGACGGCCGCAACUACCAGAUAGGGAGGACGAAGGUCUUCCUGAAGGAGACAGAGCGGCAGGCCCUGCAGGAGAGGCUGCACGGUGAGGUCCUGCGCAGGAUCCUGUUGCUGCAGAGCUGGUUCCGGAUGGUGCUGGAGCGCAGGCACUUCCUGCAGAUGAAGGGUGCUGCCCUCGCCAUCCAGGCCUGCUGGCGGUCCUACCGAGUGCGCCGUGCGCUGCAGAGGACUCAGGCUGCCGUGUACCUGCAGGCCACCUGGAGGGGCUACCUGCAGCGGCAGGCCUACCACCGCCAAAGGCGUAGCAUCAUUCGCCUGCAGAGCCUCUGCCGCGGCCACCUACAGCGCAGGAGCUUCAGCCAGAUGGUGUCAGAGAAGCAGAAGGCGGAGGAGCGAGCUGGGGCAGAGACCUCCGCGGGCGGGCCGGGCCCUGUGGCCACUGAGGAGCAGCUGUCUGAGCACCCUGUGCAGCACACCAAGGGCCCCGAGAGUCUGGGUGUGGAGGCUGAGACCCGGAUAAAUGACAGGUCUCCAGUUGGCACGUCCCCACCUCAGAAGGAGGCACCCAGCCUGGAGAAGGGGGCCCCAGCCCAAAAAACGGUGCCAGCCGAAUGUCAUGAGAAAGUCCCCAGCAGCCGGGAGAAGCGAGAGUCGCGGCGGCAGCGAGGGUUGGAGCAUGUUGAGCUACAGAACAAACACAUCCAGUCCUGCAAGGAGGAGAGCAGCACCCACAGAGAACCUUCCAGAAGGGCCAGCCUGGACAUAGGGGAGAGCAUCCCUGAGGACACAAAGGGACCCAGGGAAGAUGGACUGCCCUUGGAGGUGUGGACUGAGGCCAUAGCCCCCUCUCCUCCAAAGCAUUUGCAGGUGGGAGGAGCCCCACCUCAGAGCCCCGGUCCCGGCCCUGUGCAGAGGCCCACCAGCCUAGCCCUAGACAGCAGGGUCAGUCCUAUGGUCCCCAGCAGCACCCCUGAGUCCCCCAAGGAUAAGGACAAGGCAGAGAGUCCCAGUGGCUCCACCCAGAUCCAUCGAUACCAACACCCAGACAUGGAGCGCCUGGCCACAGCUGUGGAGAGCUGGCGAGGCAAGAAGCUGCUGGCUGCUGGUGGCACCAGUGCCAUGCUGAGCCAAUCGCUGGACCUGAGUGAGAAGCACCGGGCUGCAGCCCUCACUCCCACAGAGGAGAGGCGCAUCUCUUUCUCCACCAGUGACGUUUCCAAGCUGUCUCCGGGCAAGGUACAGGCUUCAGCUGAAAUCGAUGGGGACCUGAGCACCAAGAAGCCAUCCAUCCACAAGAAGAAGUCGGGAGAUGCGUCCACUGGUCUCGAUGCGGGCCUGUCUCCUGGCUCCCAGGGUGACUCGAAAUCUGCCUUUAAGCGGCUCUUCCUGCACAAAGCCAAGGAUAAGAAACCCAGCCUGGAGGGUGUGGAGGAGACUGAGGGCAGUGGCGGGCAAACCCCACAGGAAGCCCCCACCAAGAAGAGUCUAGAAGCUCCUUCUAGCCAGCAGCACCGCCAGGCUGCAGGCGAGAAGCCCCCCAAAGGAAAGAAGAACCGAAAUCGCAAGGUGGGCCAGAUCACAGUGUCCGAGCGGUGGCGGGAGUCGGUGUUCCGCAAGAUCACCAACGCCAAUGAGCUCAAGUUUCUGGACGAGUUUCUGCUCAACAAGGUGAACGACCUUCGCUCACAGAAGACGCCCAUCGAGAGCCUGUUCAUUGAGGCCACUGAGCGCUUCAGGAGCAACAUUAAGACCAUGUACUCUGUGCCUAACGGGAAGAUCCACGUAGGCUACAAGGACCUGAUGGAGAACUAUCAGAUCGUGGUCAGCAACCUGGCCUCCGAGCGUGGGGAGAAGGACACGAACCUGGUCCUCAACGUCUUCCAGUCAUUGCUGGACGAGUUCACGCGCAGCUACACCAAGGCCGACUUUGAAUCCACCAAGCAGAGCAAAGCCCAGAAGAAGAAGCGGAAGCAGGAGCGUGCCGUCCAGGAGCACAACGGACACGUGUUCGCCAGCUACCAGGUGAACAUCCCGCAGUCGUGUGAGCAGUGCCUCUCCUACAUCUGGCUCAUGGACAAGGCCCUGCUGUGCAGUGUGUGCAAGAUGACCUGCCACAAGAAGUGUGUGCACAAGAUCCAGAGCUACUGCUCCUACCCAGGAAGGAGGAAGGGUGAGCCGGGGGCCGAGCCAGGCCACUUUGGGGUGUGUGUGGACAGCCUGACCAGUGACAAGGCCUCCGUGCCCAUUGUGCUGGAGAAGCUUCUGGAGCACGUAGAGAUGCACGGCCUGUACACCGAGGGCCUCUACCGCAAAUCAGGCGCUGCCAACCGGACGCGGGAACUGCGGCAGGCACUGCAGACAGACCCCGCCGCGGUGAAGCUGGAGGACUUCCCCAUCCACGCCAUCACCGGUGUCCUGAAGCAGUGGCUGCGGGAGCUGCCUGAGCCCCUCAUGACCUUUGCGCAGUACGGGGACUUCCUCAGGGCUGUUGAGCUGCCAGAGAAGCAGGAGCAGCUGGCUGCCAUCUACGCAGUCCUGGACCACCUGCCUGAGGCCAACCACACCUCCCUGGAGCGACUCAUCUUCCACCUUGUCAAGGUGGCCCUGCUUGAGGAUGUGAACCGGAUGUCUCCGGGAGCUCUGGCCAUCAUCUUCGCACCCUGCCUGCUGCGCUGCCCUGAUAACUCCGACCCCCUGACCAGCAUGAAGGAUGUGCUGAAGAUUACCACGUGUGUGGAGAUGCUCAUCAAAGAACAGACGAGGAAGUACAAAGUGAAGAUGGAGGAGAUCAACCAGCUGGAGGCAGCCGAGAGCAUCGCAUCCCGCAGGCUCUCCCUGCUGCGGCACAAUGCUCUAUGGCCUCUCAAACUGGGGUUUUCGUCUCCCUAUGAGGGGGUCCGGACCAAAAGCCCCAGGACCCCAGUGGUUCAGGACAGCAACCUGGAGGAGCUGGAGGCGCUCCCCGAGGAGGCUGCAGGCGGCGAUGAGGACCGGGAAAAGGAGAUUCUCAUGGAGCGGAUCCAAUCCAUCAAAGAAGAGAAGCAAGACAUCACAUACCGGCUGCCGGAGCUGGACCCGCGAGGCUCUGACGAGGAAAAUCUGGACUCUGAGACAUCAGCCAGCACCGAGAGCCUGCUGGAGGAGAGGGGCGCGCGGGGGGCUGUGGAAGGGCCCCCCGCACCUGCUCUCCCCUGCCCCAGUGUGCCCACCCCGAGCCCCCUCCCCGUGGCCGCCGCCCCUCCACGCCGAAGGCCGACAUCCUUCGUCACGGUCAGAGUGAAGACACCCCGGAGGACCCCUGUCAUGCCCACGGCCAACAUCAAGCUCCCGCCGGGCCUGCCUUUGCACCUGACCAGCUGGGCACCUGCUCUCCAGGAGGCCGAUGUUCCAGUGAGGCGCAGAGAGCCACCCGCUCGCCGACAGGACCAGGUGCACUCUGUAUACAUCACCCCUGGGGCUGGCCUGCCCUCGCAGGGCACCCUAGAACCCCUGGACCACAGUGCCACACUUCCUGGGGCCAAACGCAGGUACUCCGACCCCCCUACCUACUGUCUGCCCCCCAGCUCUGGCCAGGCCAAUGGCUGAGGACUGUGGUGGGCAGUCUGCACGUCCUGGAACCCCAGAUCUGGGUGCCCCCGCUGUGGAGCUGGCCUUCACUGUCUGAGAAGGAUCCAGAACGAAAGGCUCCCAGAGGGAUGAGGUGGGCACCGGCUCUGUGUGUCAUGGAGGCCAGGAGCUGAUGGCCAGAAGUCACCAGAGGCCCCAUCUGCACAGCAGUGGCCCUUUGUGCUUCAGUAACUGUUUCUCCGUUUACAU